GCCUUUGGUUGGGUAAAGCCGCUGUCAACAGCUCCAGCCAAGAAGGGGGUGUCUCUAGCCAGUGGGGAGUGGGCAGCAUUUGUAAUGUGGCCUGCAGGGAUUCUACUCCUCCCAUGGCACAGCCUGUGGCUAUGGAGUUUAGAGUCUCCUCAGUUUGCAAGCUCAAGGAAGACAACUUCUAAGAUAGGAAGAGUGGGAGAGCUUGUCAGGAGUCCUUGUAAAAGCUGUGCACUGCUCUCCAGGACUAAGGGAAAGUCCCUCAGUUCAAGUCUUCUUGUCUAUAUUCCCUCAUCCCAGCAUGUGCCUGUGGACCUUGACACUUCCUGCACACUAAAAGAGCCAUGUGUUCUGUGAUGAAGUCACAGAAUCAGCUUGGAAAAGGCCUCUGAGAUAGACAUUUCAGAGGAGUUCUUGUAUGCUCCCGAACCCUAGAGCUGUUCCUGUGCUGUGUCACAAUAGAACUGCCACCCUGGCUAAGGGGCACUUGGCUGAAGCUUUUCUGGGGAAAGGCUUUCAGUGAGCUCAUGGCAAUUGCUGCAUGCAGUCUCUUGAGAAAACUGAAGCACAGGAAAGGGAGGAGCUGUAGCUCCUGCUGGGUGGGGUGGGGCAGAAGCAAUGAUUGUUACAGAACCACUGGGCCUUUCUGAGUCUCAAGUUUCUGUGGGUUGAGUGGCCAUGGAGGACAAGGAAGUAUUUUGUGCUGUUGACUUGCUUGCUGUGUGACACAGGGGUUGCAGCUGGAGUGAUGUAGUGAAAGCAGAAUGCUCUGUCUUUGGGUUGACUUUUUGUGGGCUUGCCCAGCACAGGCAGUUUUCUUACAGCAUCUGGUUGUUUUUCUCUUGUGUGUUGCAGGUCACAUCACCCGUGCCUGGAGAGAAUCCAGUCUUUGGAGCCCAACACCAACCUCGGAGGAUCCUCUGGCUGCGUGUCUUCCUGCAGAAGAGGCCAGAGGGGAGGAAGAUGCUCCCCAAACUGCGCCUGCUGCCACUGCAGGGCCUGAGCAUCCAGCAUCAAGCACAAGGGCAGCGUCAGCACCUGCUCUGGCUGCCUCUGUACCCGAGGAUGAGGCUGAAGAGGAGGAAGGUGCCAAAGAACCUGGCCCUGCUGUCAGCCCACGGCUGGAGCAAACAACACCAAGCUCCAUCUCCUCUGUCCUGGCACCUGCACGAGCUGCAGCUGAAGGCUCGGGAGAAGGCUCCAGUGCCCAGGCUGGAAAUUCAAGCGCAAGCAGCUCGUGCACCUGGAGCACGACCAGCUCGUCUGGCAGCAGAGAGCAGCAGCGAGAGAGGACAGAGGACAAGUGCCUGGCCAUGCUGAAGAUGCUGGUGAGCGAGGGAGAUCCUGAGGCUAAAUACACAGAACUGGAGACUAUUGGCAAAGGGGGUUUUGGCACUGUGUGCAUGGCAGUGGAGACUGCCACAGGAGAAGAGGUGGCCAUCAAGAAAAUUAGUCUCCUGCAAGAGAGCAGCAGCGAGCUGUGCCUGAAUGAAAUCCAGGUCGUGCGUGGCACUAAGAAUGCCAACCUUGUGAACUAUGUAGACAGCUACCUAGUGGACGAGGAACUCUGGCUGGUGAUGGAAUACAUGGACGGAGGUUCUUUACAUGAUGUCAUCAGGGAGACUCACAUGGCAGAAGGAGAGAUAGCAGCUGUCUCUCGGGAGCUGAUUUUGGCCUUGCUGCUCAGCUCACCACCGAGCAGAACAAAUGGAGAUCAGCUGUUGGGACUACUUACUGGAUGGCGCCAGAAAUUUUCACCAGGAAGCCCUACGGCCCCAAAGUGGACAUCUGGUCCUUUGGCAUCGUGGGGAUCGAGAUGGUGGAAGGAGCGCCUCCGUACCUGAUGAAAACCUCCCGCACGGUACUCUGCAGCUGCUCUCAGACACUGUUGUCACCCCGACAAAAUCUGCUCCCAUUCUUCUGCCUGGGAAGCUUGCCAACACCUGAAAAUGAUAGGUUCCAGGCUGCACACUCUCUUGUGCUUCUUGGCCAGAUCAUCCCCUUGCCAUUUUUGUGCAUGAACAGGACCUAAAAAUCAGGAUGCCUUUUGCUUGGCAGAAGCUUUGCCUAAGGGAGCAGUGAGCAGUGCUGAGCUGCAUUUUAUGGAAUAAUCCUUGGAAAUAGAAGAGUUUGACAAAAGUCAGUCUUCCAUAUCACUUGUAGAGGCUGUGUGAAGCAAAGUGUGCUUUUGCUGAUGGAGUUGCUGCUACUUCCAUCAUCCAGUGAAAUCAGGGGUCAAGGCAAGAGCCUUUGCCUACUGGACUGGCUAUGGCUGCCUCUGGCUUUGGGUAGUUUUAGUAGGGGUAGGAAAGGUAUCUGCCACCCUGUGGCAGGGAGUAAAGUGCCACUGGAGAGUGGAGCUUGUCCAGUGGGGUCUGUGUGAGCAGUUUGGGGUGCAAAGGAGACAGGUAGAGUGUGGCAUUUCCUUCUUCUCUAGGUUCAACAGCUGAUAAGCACCGAGGCCCCCCCGAAGCUGCAGAAGCCCAGGCAGCAGUCGGCAUGGCUGCGAGACUUUCUGCACUGCUGCCUGGAGAGGGACGAGGACAGGCGCUGGUCUGCCCAGGAACUUCUGCAGCAUCCGUUUGUAACAUCAGCCAAGCCAGUCUCCACCCUGACGCCUCUGAUCAUGGCCACGCAGCAGUUCAUGGCUGACAGCAGAUUCUAGCCCUGGAGGAGGCCUUUGUUGCUGUUUGUAGUUGUAGUUUGUAGUUUAUAGCUUGUAGUUUGUAGUUUGUUAUGAGUGAUAGUCAGAAUAAAUACUAUAAUAAAUAAAUAAA